GCCUGGACCCGCAUGGCGUGCUACCUGGUGAUCAGCUCCAGGCAUCUCAGCAACGGGCACUACCGUGGCAUUAAAGGGAUCUUCAGGGGACCGCUCUGCAAGAACGGCUCUACCUCCCCGGAUUUUGCUGAAAAGGAGAAGGCAGCAGCAAAGGCUCUGGAGGACGUGAAGGCUAACUUCUACUGUGAAUUAUGUGACAAGCAGUACCAUAAACACCACGAGUUUGACAACCACAUCAAUUCCUAUGAUCAUGCUCACAAGCAGAGACUGAAGGAGCUGAAACAAAGGGAAUUUGCACGGAAUGUGGCUUCAAAGUCCUGGAAAGAUGAGAAGAAACAGGAAAAAGCACUCAAGCGACUCCAUCAGCUGGCGGAGCUGCGGAAGCAGUCAGAAUGCAUUGCUGGAUGUGGACCUGCGUUUAAGGCUCCUCAAGUGGGUGUAGAAAAACAGCAGCAACUGCAAGAAAAUCUUCCCUUAGCACAAGAAGGUAAAGCUGAGAACACGACAGAAGGACAAAGUCUCACCAGCAGCACUUUAGAGACGCAACAGGAGGUUUUGCUAAGCAAGAACCAGUCUUGCAUAGAGAGACGCCAUUUGCUUAGAAAUCGUAUCUCUCCAGCAUUUUCCUGUGGCACCAAUGCCUGUAACCGGGCGGGAGUGUCAUUUUCCUUCUCUAAAAAAGCCCAUUUGAAGCUCGAGUCCUCAGCCUCAGUUUUCAGUGAGAACAUGGAAGAAGCGUACGACUGUACUGGAUCACCCAGGCCUAAAGCAAAACAGACUCCGGAAGACUGCCACGCUUGCGUACAUAUGAGCGACCAGAGGAAAGCAAAUGUGCAAAAGCGGUUGAACACACUUCAAGGUCAUCCCGACAGUAUUGCAUCAGGUCAUCCGGCUGGGAAAAACAAAAAGCAGAAAGAAAACAACCAGAACGCCAGCCGAGAGCAAGUGGGCAUCCAUCUUUCAUUUCGUAAGGACAAACUACAUCCCCCAGCUUUGGAAUGUCUUGAGUCCCCCGGUGUAAAAGAACAAGGAAGAGAGUUGAGUGAGACUCGGAAAUCCUUGGAAACUGUUGUUACCCUGCAAUGCCAAUCUAGCAAUGUUUGUAUGCAGCAAAGCACUUACAAGCACAGCGAUGUCCUGCUAGCAGAAUGUGUCUCCAAGUUCCCCACCCAAGCAUCACCUGAGCAAGGACAGCCACCUGAGGUAAACUGCAAUCCCUGUGUAUUCAAACAAUCUUCUGAGUGUUCAAAAACUGUGAAUGCAAACGCUGAAACACCUGGGGGCGAUGCACUGCUUCAUGAAAUUAAGCCUAAAGCGUUGCCUUUCCUUCAUGUACUGAGUAAAGAUGGCAACACAGCCUUACGCUGGCCCACAGAACUUCUUUUGUUUACAAAAACAGAACCUUCCAUUUCCUAUGGUUGUAAUCCAUUAUAUUUUGAUUUUAGACUCUCCUUGUCUCACAGAGACAGUGGGCAUCCUGAAGCAAACACCGAAAGUCCAAAAGAGCACUCAAAAACCAUGGACGUCAAUGGGAUCGAAGCCUCAGGUCUAAGUGAGAACAAGCAACUGUCCAAUGAACAAGAUAAUCAGUCUUUGAAGCCAAAGAAGAAGAAAAGAGCUGUCAGCCUCAAAAAGUCCCAGCCAAACUUGGAUUCAGACACAGAGAAUGAAAUGCAUCAAAGUGCUCCAAAGUACGUUUCAGAUUAUUUGAAUGAAAAUAUACCUAAAGUGCCUGCUCACCUGGAUUGCUCACAAAGGCAUUACCCAAGAGCAACCAGUCCCUGUACAACGAUGCAUGUGAGAUCUUUAGCACAGCACUUGCAGAACUGUGAAAAAACUCUACAGGAAGAAGUAACUGGAAACAUUUGCAUCUAUCCCUUGGUGUCUAGGACAAAAACGCAAACAUGUGCAAAAUGUGAUUUAAUGUAUUCCCAAAGACAAACCAAUCUGGAUUUGGUCACCUGCACCAGUGACAUAAGUGAUAGCGGGAAAGGUUCCAUUCUCGGUUAUAAGUUAGGGUCCCCCGGCGAGUGCUUGGGAAACGAAGGUAAUGGGAGUUUUGCUGGUUGCUGGAAAUUCUCUUCUUUGCAAAAGCCCUUUUCUGACAGACAGUCUAAUUAUUCUGACACCUCUGUUAGCAGUGCGACUAGUUACGCUAGUUGCUACUCUAGUCACAAAUCCAGUGAUCACAGCCGAAGUCAUUUGCCUUUUUGUUGCAAAAGGAAACAGAAGCCGGCUGAAAGGCAGCAAUGUAAACACAAAAAGCACAAUUGCAUUUCAUCUUCUGAUGAUGCGGAUGAGGACUGCCUCUUCAACAAAACAAGUCAAAGAUCCAGAAACUGUUCACAGAGGCACACGGUAAAAUAUCAAAGACUUUCAAGAUAUAGGCAUGUACUACAAAGAGACGUAUCAAAGCAAAGUGGAAAUAGACGUCCUCUGUAUAAACACAGCAGGAGCAGGAGUUCCAGCAGCUCCAAAGGUUCUUCCAUCCGAGAUUCGGGGAGCAGCGAAAGAUCAUCGAGUUGCACCAGGUCGAGAGGCAGCAGUUCCGGAUCCCUGGUGAAAGAAUUGAGGCAUGACUGGGACAGACACAAAAAGGAGAUGAAGAGCAACAGCAGCGCAGAGCCAGGAAAACCGGGCUCUGUGCACACGGACUGCCAGUAUGCAAGGUGUCCGUCAAAAUACGCUGGCCUUUGCUCUGUCAAUCACAUAGGAAGAGAAGUUGUGGGCCAGAAGAAGUCGCUCACCGCCAAGCUACUUUUAGAGAAGGUGAAAUCAAAGAGAAACCAGGAGCAAACUCAGAACACGGAGAGCUUUUCCAAUGCCUGCGGGGUCAAUCUCCCCUAUAGUCAACCUACCAUGAAAUGUGCAUCUUCAGUGGGUAGUGAAGCAGUGAUACCUUCACCCAAGGAAACCCUCAGCACUGAUAUGAGCAGUGUGUGGAGCAGUGAAACCGGCACAAUGGAAAGCAAUGCAGGCAAAGAGCAAGUCGGAAUAGAGAAUGUUACUCUUACAGCAAGCGCCGAUGAUGGUAAUUGCCUGCUUAAAGGUUUAAUUCCAAGAGGGACUAGCUAUCCAGCUCCAAAUAUGGAAAAGGACACCGCAAUAAAGGAGCAGUCACAUCUCUUAGCUAUUGAAAUGCAACCCCUCCUUCAAAGCUGUGACCCAGUGCCAAACCAUUUCCCCGGUGCUUUCCCUUCUCAUAGAUAUUCUGUUGUUCCAAAUCUAUCAGAGACCAAAGAAGAACACAAUGCAAGCGUGAACUUGAAUCAAGGCGAAGGGAAUCUAAACUGUUACUCUGACAGUGCUAUGCAUAAGUCCAGCGAAACAGAAAGCAAGACUGAACUGAACAGCAAGUGCAUCUCCUCUCCCUUGACACAGCAGCCUAUAACAUUUUCCCCUGACGAGAUAGACAAAUACAGGUUUCUUCAGCUGCAGGCUCAGCAGCAUAUGCAGAAACAACUCGUGGCAAAACAUCUCAAGGUUCUGCCUGCCACAGGGCCAGCUGCCUUCCCUGCAUCCCCAGCUGUUCAGCCUCUUCCUGUUCAGCCACGCUCUUCUGUUGCCACGCUCCACCACACGCUCCUGCAGAGCUUUGCUCUGUCUGCUGGCGUCCAUCCUCACAGCAGCCAUCUUUCCCUAACCCAUAUACACCCGUUCUCACAGUCUCAUUUUGCUCCGAUAGCGCUAUCCCCGUUCACUCCAGCCUUCCUGCCUACACACUCGGCGCUACUAACGGGGCACCCAUUCCAUUUGGUAUCAGCCACUCCCUUUCACCCCUCCCACCUGACGAUCCCACCGCUGCCCCACACUGCAUUUAUUCCCACCUUGUUCACACCGCAGCUGAACGCAGCCGCGUCUUCAGCAAUACAUCUCAAUCCUUUCAUUCACCCAUUGUUCCAGAGCCAGGAGCUUCAGCAUCAUUCUUGACCCUGUCAGAGGUGUUGGUUAUCAGAAAUGAAGAAUAAUUU